UUUCGGUAAAAUAACAUUUCUCUUGUGGAGAACGAGAGAAGUACCAAAUUGGAGUCGACAGAGUCUAUACGUACCCUUUAGGCCGGAUUUUUGCGGACGCAGUACUACCGUACUGUUCGACUCGGAACUGUUAAAUUGACGACGAGUUCAAAAAUGGCAACUACUUCUGGAGCAUCAGCGGAGGAUGAGGCUUAUGAUUAUACUGAGGCUUUUCCAGCCCUGCCUAUAGCCGAUAAGACCAAUACUACACCAGUGUCCGGUCAGUGGAGCAACAAGUUUACAGUGAAAACAUCAAAAUGCACACAGGUGUUUACAGUGCCAUUGGAAGAGCGACGUUUCAAGGAUGACUUUGGAGAAAGCAGUUUUGGUGAUGAAGGAAAACAGGCUGAAAUAUGCAAGGACAUAAUGGCAAAGACAGGAGUUACAAUUGAGAUGAGCUUAUCAAAGGAUCAAACCCUGACUGUGGUUGUUACUGGUAAGGAAGAGCAAGUGAAGAAAGCAAGACGCGAGGUUAUGACCAAACUUCAGACCCAGGCAAGCAACGUGAUCCGCAUUCCAAGAGAGCACCAUAGAUAUAUCCUCGGAGCAAAGGGAAAGAAACUACAGGACCUGGAACUGUCGACAGCUACCAAAAUAACAAUACCAAGAUCUGAUGAGAACAAUGAUGUGAUUAAAAUCUUCGGCACCAAGGAAGGCAUUGACAAAGCCAUGCAUGAGAUUCAAGUCAUUUCUGAUAUUCAGUCCAAACUUGCAUACGAGAGGCUGUCCGUACAGAAAGUGUACCACCCAUUUGUUUGUGGUCCGAGCAAUUCCACUAUACGUCAACUGAUGGAUGAGACCGGAGUGAAGAUCAACAUACCACCACCUAGUGUACAAUCUGAUGAGAUCGUUGUGUCUGGUGAGAAGGAAGGCGUGAUGAAAUGUAAGGCCACAAUUAUGGCCAUCUAUGAAGAAAAGAAACGCAAGUGUCAGACGGUAUCUGUUGAAGUGAGGAAAUCCCAGCACAAGUAUAUUAUUGGUCCACGUGGUAACAGUCUACAGGAAAUCCUUGCUGCUACUGGAGUUUCAGUUGAAGUCCCUCCCCUUGACGACCCCUCGGAAACCAUCACUUUACGUGGAGAACAAGACAAGCUUGGUCCAGCUCUAACAAUGGUUUACUCUAAGGCUAACAGUGUUGUGUUUGCUGUGGUGCGAGCCGCCGACUGGCUUCACAAAUACAUCAUUGGCAAGAAAGGGGCAACUGUCAAAAACAUCACUGGAAACUUUCCCAAGGUACAUAUUGAGUUUACCGAGGGAGAAGACAAGAUCCAGGUAGAGGGACCUCCUGAAGAAGUUGAACAGGCUGUGAAGGCUCUUGAAGAUUACGUCAAGGACCUUCAAAGUCGCAUGGACUUCGCGGAAAUUGAGAUUGAACAACGAUUUCACAAACACAUUAUUGGAAAGGGGGGUUCGAACAUCUCUAAAAUCAAAGAUGAGACCGGUGUUGCUAUCAGAAUUCCUUCAGACUCGGAAAAUAGUAACACGAUCAGAAUUGAAGGGGAACCACAGGGCGUGAAGAAGGCAAAGAAAGAGCUCCUUGAGAUGUCAUCUAGGAUGGAGAAUGAGAAAACCAAAGAUAUAAUAAUCGAGCAGAGAUUUCAUCGUAUGUUGAUUGGAGCUCGUGGAGAGGGUAUCAAAACAGUGCGGGACAAAUUUAACCAAGUGCAAAUCACAUUCCCUGAUCAAGGACGUAAGAGUGAUGUUGUCACAUUACGUGGACCAAAGAAUGAUGUAGAUAAAUGUUUCCAGCAUUUACAAAAACUUACUCAAGACUUAGUAGCUAGCAAUUACCAGGCUCAGGUGCACAUUUUCAAAGAUUUUCAUAAGAAUGUUAUUGGAAAAGGUGGUGCUACAAUUAGAAAGAUUCGUGAAGAAACAGAUACUAGAAUAGAUUUACCAACAGAGGCAUCUGACUCUGAUGUGAUAGUCAUCACUGGCAAAAAACCUAAUGUUGAGGCAGCUAAAAAGAAAAUAGAAGCUAUUCAAAAAGAUCUGGCUGAUAUCAAGGAGUUAUCAGUGGAAGUCCCCCACAAACUUCACAACUCUAUUAUUGGUGCUAAAGGUCGUCUCAUUCGCUCCAUCAUGGAUGAAUGUGGCGGCGUGAUUAUACGGUUCCCCGCUGAAGGAAGUACAAGUGACAAAGUCACAAUCCGGGGACCAGCGGAUGAUGUUGAUAAGGCCAAGAAACAACUGCUGGAGUUGGCCAAUCAGAUUCAAAAUACAAGCAAUGUUGAGGAGAUUAGAGCUAAACCUGAAUACCACAAGUUCCUCAUUGGUCGUGGUGGCAGUAAAAUUAGGAAGGUGCGUGAGAAUACAGGGGCAAGAAUAAUCUUCCCAACUGGCGACGAUGCUGACCAAGAACUUAUAACCAUUAUUGGAACCAAAGAGAGCGUCGCUGAUGCAAAGACAGAGAUACUGGGCUUGAUCAAAGACUUGGACAACAUUGUUGAAGGGGAAGUAAAUGUUGAUCCCAAGCAUCACAAACAUUUUGUUGCACGUCGUGGUGAGGUGUUGAGACAGAUCGGUGACGACUACGGCGGUGUGACCGUCAGUUUCCCUCGCAGUGGUGUCAAGAGUGAUAGAGUUGUUAUAAAGGGCGCCAAAGAUUGUGUAGAAGGGGCCAAGAAGCGAAUCUUAGAAAUUGUUGCUGAUCUUGAUGCACAGGUUACCAUUGAAUGUGUGAUUCCCCAACAGUUCCACAGAACUGUGAUGGGAGCCAGGGGAUCUAAUGUCCAAGUGAUUACACAGAACUUCGAUGUCUCCAUCAAAUUCCCUGACAGGCCAAUGGCAAAUGGAGCUGGGAACAAGGGUGCUGGAGAUGCCAGUGAUAGCAUGGUAAAUGGCGAGGAACCUUCGUCGCCUACGGCAACUGCCAAGAAAGACACGAUCAUGAUCACAGGGAAGAUUGAAAACUGUGAGGAGGCAAAGAAAGCGCUCUUGGAUCUUGUACCAAUCUCUAAAGAGGUUAAUGUUCCAUUUGACUUCCACCGUUAUAUCAUUGGUCAGAAGGGAAAAGAUGUUCGCAAGCUUAUGGACGAGUACAACGUGAAUAUUUCCAUUCCCCCGCAGGACCAACACAGUGAUCUCAUCAAGGUCACAGGACCACCAGCCAACGUCCAGAGAGCCGAGGAUGCUCUGGCAGAUAAAGUGAAAGCUUUGGAGCUAGAGAAAGAGGACCGCUUACUGAAGAGCCACAAGUUGACCCUAGAGGUGAACCCUUCGUACCAUCCUAAACUGAUUGGUCAUCGUGGCGAGGUUAUCAACAAGAUCCGGUCUGAGCACGAUGUGAAGAUUCAACUACCUGACAGAAAUAACGAGGAUCAAAGUAUGAUUACAAUCAUCGGGUACGAGAAGAACUGUGAGGAGGCCAGAGAUGAAAUUCUACGCAUGGUUAAAGAUUAUGAUGAUAUGGUACAUAUUGAAGUUAAAGUAGAUCAUCGUAUACACCCACGUAUCAUUGGUCAGCGAGGGCGUGGUGUCAGAAAGAUACAGGAGGACUACAAAGUUGACCUGCGCUUCCCACGUCCUAAUGAAAACCCAGAUAUCAUUGUAAUUAGUGGCGGUGAAGAUGAUGUUUAUGACUGUAAAGAUUACUUGCUGAACAUGGAGGAAGAAUUUCUUCAGGAUAUGUUAGAUAACGAAUACAUUCAGAGUUUAACACAGGCUCCUAGUAAACGAAGCGAUGAACCAAAGACAAACGAUCGUGGUUUUGUCAUCAAGAAUGCACCAUGGGACUCCGCCCCUGACACCAGCAGCACGUCGGAGUUCCCAAGUUUUCCUGGAGCCGGUAGCGGUAAUGCCGUGGCACCUAACAGCAACAAAGCCUGGGGUCCUGGACGUAGAUACUAAAUGUUGCGUGGGAGGAUAUUGUCGGCUUUUACAAGACUAUGAAAUGUUUACAAGACUGUAUAGAUAAAUUCAUCAUGCAAAAUGUUAAAUAUAAUCACUGGGUAAUGGUGAUGCUUUAAACAUGGUUAUCUCUGCUGAAAUAUUGGGAGGGUUUUAUACUGAAAAGUUUUUUUUGUUUUUAUAAGAGAAGUGAUAUAAAAUUUUAUAUAUAAAUUAUUUACAUUAACUCUUUUUGAAAUACCUGUAAAAGGUACUUGAUUAAAUCAUAGAGGAGAGUUACUAAAUUAAUUUUGACAAGUGGACAUUAUGAAAGUUAACAAAUUUUUUCAAAUAUUCAAAGAUCAAGAGGAAAUAAUUUUAUUACAUAAAUCUGUAAAAUAUUUUUGUCAAUAUUUUAUUAAUUCUAUUGAAAAUUCUUGUGAUAUGUUAUUUGUUAGCUCGCAGGUCAAUCAUUUUACGCAGGUAAUGUUCUUGAUUUAUAUUUUUUAGAUCAUGUUGUGUCCUGAUUAAGUGUAAGGAAAAGUUUGAUACACAUGUUAAAAUCUGCCUUCACUAGAGUAGAAUAUUAAGAAAAUUGGUAAUUGAUGUAAUAACCUAUAAUAAGAUAUACUAUAACUAAAGGAAGCAAUUUUACAUGAUGAGAAAGUUUUAAUUUUUAGAUAUUUUUUUGUGAUUUUUUCCCCCUUUUUAAUUAAGAUUGUUAUUUUUUCCUGUAUUUUAUCAAGUCAGAAAAUUAUUGGGAAAAGAAACUGUCAAUCUUUUCUGUUUCGGGUUUUAUUUACUGUCUUCCAUAUUUUAUAUUCUGUUUUGUUAAGCAUUUAUUCAUUUUCUCUCAUAAUUUUGACGAUGCAAGUUUAUUUUUAAAUACUCUGAUAAACAUCAGAGUAAUUCAAAAGCCUGUUAGAUAUGAAAUUAAACCUUGUGCAAUUUAAAAAAGGAAUUUUUUUAUAUGAUAUCUUACUUUUUUCUGGAAAGGUAUCAUUUUCUUGUCUACUCUAAAUGUUCAAUAGUUUCAAAUUUAUUUUCUUUUUUUAUUAUAAAUCAUGUUUUGUUUGAAUGAUUUUUAAAUAGCUAGUACAUAUAGUGCUCUUUCAUUAGUACAUGAUUGAAAUGAGUGUUUUUUUUGUAGAAGAUUUUUUUUAUAGAUAUAUAGUAGCUAUUAUUAUUGAAAAUUCUUUAAUUCUGCAUGUAUUUUAUUAACACAUGGUUUAUUUGAUUUUCAUAAAAUGAUGAUUUCACGAUAGUUGUUUUUAAAUUUUUGUACAGAAAAAAAUAAUAUAAAUAUGGAGCUGAAUUAAUGAAAAAUAUGAAAACUUCAGGCACAGUGUUACUUGUUUCUUAUUUUGAAAAGGUUUAUUGUUUUUGACAUAAAUAUAUUAGUGCCUGAUUUAUGCAAAAUAUACAGUUGUUAAUGUUAGCAAUGUGUUGUUUUUUUGUACAGAGAAGAUUGUCUGUUGCUGUAUGUUGAUGCCUGAGGUUACUGUGUUGUUUAUUUUUGUUGUUAAUUGAAUAUUUUAUGUAUAAUAAAAAAACAUUUAUACUUUAAUUAUGGACUCACUGCUGAUGCUUUAAGACACUUGUAACUACACAGACAAACUUUCAUAUAGUUAACAGCGGACAAAAAUGCUACAAGUAUAUAUAUCUUUAUUAUUUUAAACUAUUAAGGGGAGGUAAGUCAACUGUAAACUGUAGGAAAGAUUGUUUGUAAUGAAUUUUAUUUUCCGUUCACUGUAAAUUUAGACAGAAUGCUACAGUUAUAAGAAUGAUUGGCAUUCAAUUUGUGUUUUUGAUUUUGAUUUUUUUUUUGUAAGUAUAUUUUGCUCAUGAAUGGUGAAUAGUGUCACAAAAAGUAUAAUUGUUUAAUAUACAGGUUUGUUUAUGGGUUUACAAUUGAAAUGGUUUAUUUGUAUACAAAUGUGUUUAAUUAAUUAAUUAUUUUUUCACGUGUUUGAACUUCUCUCCACUGUGUAAGGUAUUGAUUCAUUUAGUAAUGCAUCUUCACAUUUAGUAAUGCGUCUUCACAUUUAGUAAUGUGAAAUGACCAUACAUUUAGUAAUUUUGUAAUUGUAAACAACUGGAUUUAUUCAACCAUUCUAGACGUCAAACAUGAAAAAUUACAUUUUUAAUUGUUUUAUUGUGAAUGUCAUGUUAAUAAUUGCUUUUUUUCUGAGGGAUUUGGGUUUUGAGAACAUGUGUUUGUAAACAUGAUAUUGGGGUGAAUGUGAAAUGUUAGUUUACAACCUAGUCAUAAAAAAGACCAAUACACCAAUUUACCUGGCCAAAUAGCAACACCUUUAUUGAGCUACAGGAGUAAUUUGUAGUUGUAGGCAAGACUACAAAAUGACUGAAUAACUGAAAGUUUGUUAGUAGCCAUGCUUUUCAGGGUUUUAUUUUUACAACUUUUUUCUUCAGUUGAGUUAUGUUUCAUAUAAAAUCAGUUUAGAAUAGAGACUCUUAAAGUUGUUGCUAUGUCACAGUGUAAAAUUACUCCUGUAGAUCAAUUCAUUUUAUAAUAUUCGAAAUAAUUUCAUUCAUUUUAUGUUUAAUCAUUAUACAUGUAUAUGCAUUUUAAAUGUGUUUUGAUUGAAAAUGUCGCCCUGUGUAUUGAAAGAUAUAAACUGUCAUAUAAAAGGUUGUAAUUUUGGUAUUAAUGAUUAUAUAGGGACUGAAGAUGGAGCGUUGAUAAACUUUUUCUUUGUUGUUUUUCUUCAGUUUUGAAAAUGUCUGGUGUAAUAAAUUAUGUAUGAACUUAUUGCAUACUGAAGCUGAAACUUUACCCAGCAUUUCUUGUUUUUGAGAUUUUCUUGAUUACAGAUGUGUCAGUGUUUAUAGAAUGAAUUUAUUAUGUCUCGCAUCACGAUCAAUAUAAUAAACCUUGUUUGUUAGAACAGAAUUUCUGCAAACUGUGUUCACCUAAAUAAAAUACCCGGAGAAAAUUUGCCUGGUUCCUGGCUGUGAGAUUUUUUAUAAAUCUUGAAAUCAUUGAAAAAAUAAUAUGUUCUGGUUCCCGACUUGAUCAAAAUGAAGCGCGUUUAUAUAGGCUUAAAUUUGGAUUAGUGGGGAUUAAUAAAUAUAUGAUGGACUGAUUGUUAAACAACUUGGAACUAGAUAAGUUUUGUCGUGUUAUAUGUAAUAUUGUAUAUAUUUUACCAUGUUUAAGAGAAAUUGUAUUUUUCUUCAUCAAUUUAUCUCAUUGAAAAUUGUACAUUGAAUAAUGUACAGGAUGAAUUAAAAUUCUAAAUAAAGGAAAUUCUAAAUAA